AUGCCUCGCACCAAGGAAGACGAGAGGCACAAGCCGACGAGAGGAGCCGCGACAGGAAUUGGCGGAGCAGAGCUGCUGGCCGGUGCUUCUGGUGCUGGCAGUAGCAAGGAAAAGGAAGAGGGAGAGGAAGACGCCGUGUUAGAGCUUCUGAAGUUGGAAGAGCAGCUGAAUGCUACGAAUAAGUGGCUGGAGACACUUCAGCGAGGUCGACUAGGUCAGUCCACUCGGGCAAACGGAGGCGCAGCAGAGCAAGCGGUUGAGCAAGUGGAAGAGGAAGGGGAAGAGGAAGGGGAAGAGGAAGGGGAAGAGGAAGGGGAAGAGGAAGUGGAAGAGGAAGGGGAAGGGGAAGAGGAAGAGGAAUAUGCUGUGAGAGACUCAAGCCUGUCGCUGACAAUUCAGAAGUUGGAAGAGCGGGUGAAGGCUCUUAUGAUGCGGCAGAGGGCACCCUGCUUUGGAGUCCAGAUCGACCAGGCACGGCGAGCACUUGCCAUAAAGAACCUGGAGGACUUGCGUCUCCACCUGCGCAAUCUGCAGCCUCGUUGCAUCCCCGCAGCAGAUCCCAAGCAGCAGCAGCAUCAUGAAAUGUUUUCUCAGGAGCAGUUUGCGUGGAAGGCAGAGAGGGCGCCUCGCCUUUGCGCAGAAGGGAUGUUUCUCGAGUGGAUGGCUGAGCCUCGUGUGGGUGUGCUCAUGGACCUGGGGAGGAUCAGAUCUCGCCUGCCUGCUAUUUUGGAUACUACAACAGCUGCUCUAGCUGCUGAUGUCUCGUCUCCUGCUUCUGCUGCCCCUGUUGCUGCCACUGUUCCUGCUCCUCCUCAUGCCCCUUUGGCUUCUACAGUGUGGUCAUGCUGCUGGCGCUGCAGCAGCUGCUGGGCUGCCUACCGCCGUGCUGUCAGCUUCUCAACGUUCCUUGUGCUUGUAGCAAGAUCCCCCCGCCUUGUGACUUUAUGCAAAGCACACUUGGUCUUGCAUUCGUCGGCCUGGCCAGCAAUUGCCACUGACCUGGGGGCGAGCAGGCAGAGGGAGAGUGACAACUUUGCGUCCAUGCUGGUGCAGGUGCUGGGGGUGAAGAAGAGUGCUGAUCUUCAGGAAGGGUUUGGGUUCUUUGUGCAGCACCUGCUGUCAGGCGGGCUGGAGAAGGUGCAUGCAGAGGGGAGGGGGGGAGCUGGGGGAAAGACUGAAGAGAAGGUGGAUAAGGAGGGGAAGCGGAAGGGGGGAGCUGAGGGGAAGGCUGCUGAGAAGACGCAUGGGGAGGGGAAGGGCAGAUGGGAGGCGUCACAUGGGAAGGAUGAUGGGAGACACGGAGAGAAAGAGGCAGAGAGCAAGCAGCAGCAGCAGCAACAACAGCAGCAGCAGCAGCAGCAGCAGCAGCAGCAGCAGCAGCAGCAGCAGCAGCAGCAGCAGCAGCAGCAGCAGCAGCAGCAGUGGUGGCAGUUUGGUGCCAUCCCCAAGCCUCUGGAGGGAAGCAGCGAUCCUUUAGAGUGGGAGGAGUGGCCUGGGGGCGACGAAGCUGCUGUGAAGUUUCCUGUCAACCAAAAGGAGAGGUGUUUUGGGCUUGGGAUAGUGGAGGAGCGUGGUGAAGCAGCUGAGAAACUGACCCAGGAACCUCCUCAGUACACAUCUGAAGCAGGAACGGGCAGCAGGCGUGGAAAGGAAAAAGGAUCUAAUGCAGUAGGCCAAGGAGGUAGCGAGGAAGCUGAACCAAGCAUAGAGCGUGGGAUAGCUGAAGCAGGAGGGGGCAGCAGAAGUGCAAGGAGGAGAGUCUCGAAGGCAAUAGGGCAAGGAGCUUGGGAGGAAGCCAUACAGAGCAGAGCGCGUGGGAGAGCUGACGCACUUCAAGCCGCCGAGCUGAGGGCGACAAUUCUACCGCCGCCCAGAAGGAAGCUUCCCAUUGUUCGCUGCGAGGCAGACGUGGACUUCCUGGUGGGGUUUGCCGGGUAUCUCAUGGACCCUCCUGCCUGCACCAAGUGCAGCACCUGCUCUGCAGAAUUCAUGCAAUCCGUGUGCAUGGCUGCUCUCAUCGCCAACUUCGCCUACCGCCCCGUGAGCCACCUGUUCUCCCGCGUGCUCUCAGCCUUCCCGCCGUCCUCCCCUGGCUUCGACAAGCUGGUUGCGUGCCUGGACCUCCCUGCACGCCUGCCCAGGCCUGUGAACCUGCAUGUGCUGCUCACACGGGCGGAGCAGGUGCCUCUGUACUUCCUCAUUCACAUGGCCGUGUGGUGCGCUCGCCCUCUUCUGGAAAGCUAUGAGUUGGAGCAGCAAUGCAGUGGAAACGAGCAGGCAGUGCAGUCAGGUGCGCGGAAAAAGGGUGUGGAGAAAAGGGGGAAAGGUGGGAGGGUGAAGGGGCAAGGCCUCUGGGAUGGUGAGGUGGAUCAGGAGAACGGUGGGGUGUGGGAGGAGGUGCGGAUGUGGUAUUGUGCAGCAAUGGCUGUGUGGAGUUUCAACAAGGGAAGCGAGGGAGAGAGUGAGGAGUGCAGGGGCAGCAGGAAGCGGGAGGGACCGGCUAAGGGGUGUGACAUCACAUGGAUUCUUGAGGCAGCAAUCACCCCGAGGUACUGUGAGGGGCUGCAAGGGCAACAUGAGUCUGCCAGGGGGAGCAGCAACUGUGAGUGGAUGGGUGGCAGCAGCAGCAGCAGCAACAGCAGUGAGAAGAAGAAAAAGAAGGGGAAGGUGCCGGCUUAUCUGAAGGCGUGGCCGGGUGGAGUCAAUCUGGUGGCAUGUCUGCGAGAGAUGCUGCUGGGGGAGCCGUGCUACCGCCCUGCCUCCCAUGCUGCAAUGUCCGCCCCUGCUACUGCUUCCACCCAUUCUGCUGCUGCUAUGGCUUCUCGUCCUACUGCCCCUCCUCCCCCCACUGCAAUACACAUCAGUGCUGCUACUGCCGCUGCUGCUUCUUCAGAUGUCCAAGGCCGUGUGUGCGGUGCUGCAGGGUGUGCGAGGGUGGAGGGUGGCGGAGUGAAGCUGAGGAGGUGCGGUGGGUGUGGCAAGGUGGAGUAUUGCAGCAGACAGUGCCAAAAGGCGCACUGGCCCUCCCACAAGCUCACAUGCCCCAGCAGGGCAGCAGCAAGAGGGGGAAGGAUGGGAGCAGCGAUCUUUGCAUGA